AGAGAGGGCGGGAUGGCGCGGGGACUCGAGACUCGAGGACCCGGCCCCUCCGCUCAGGUCCCGUCGCGCUUUCGCCCCUGCUCGGUGACCUCAAGCCCUUUAUACCGACCCCACCUCUCAAGAGCCGGGAGUACCGCCCCUGUAGGGGGAGGGGCGGAGGAGAGGCUUUCGAGCGCGGAUUGAGCCGUCCGGGCACCCGUAGUGGGGAACCGUGGACCGCCGGUCUCGGGGCAGGAGGGAGGUGUCCGCGCUCGGAGGGAGGCUCCGGUGGGCCUCGCGGCCGGCUGGUCCGUCCCGCGGAGAGCGCGAGUCUGGGUUGGACCUCGGGCGACGCGCGGAGCGGCUGGCGCAGUCAUGGCGGACUACUGGAAAUCACAACCAAAGAAAUUCUGUGAUUACUGCAAGUGCUGGAUAGCAGACAAUAGGCCUAGUGUUGAAUUUCAUGAAAGAGGAAAGAAUCAUAAGGAAAAUGUGGCAAAAAGGAUCAGUGAGAUUAAACAGAAAAGCCUGGAUAAGGCAAAGGAAGAAGAAAAGGCAUCAAAGGAGUUUGCUGCAAUGGAGGCAGCUGCCCUGAAAGCAUACCAAGAGGAUUUGAAAAGGCUUGGCUUAGAGUCAGAAAUUUCAGAGCCAAGCAUAUCACUAGUAACCAGCACUGUCCCACCCACCUCUACAUCAAAUCAACAGAAAGAAAAGAAAGAAAGGAAAGAACAGAAAGACAAGAAAGAAAAGAAAGAACAGAAAGAAAAGAAGAAAAGAAAAAAAGAGUCUUCAAAGGGCAGAUGGGUAGAAGGCAUAACCUCUGAGGGUUACCAUUACUACUAUGACCUUAUCUCAGGAGCAUCUCAGUGGGAGAAACCUGAUGGAUUUGAAGGAAACUUGAAAAAGAAAGCAGAGAAGACUGUUUGGGUAGAAGGUCUAAGUGAAGAUGGUUAUACCUAUUAUUAUAAUACAGAAACAGGAGAAUCCAGAUGGGAGAAACCUGAUGAUUUCGUUCCAAACACUAGUGAUCUGCUUUCUAGUAAGGUCACUGAAAAGUCAGUUGGCACUCUAGAAGAAUCCAAAUCAUCAGAUUCACAUAGCGAUUCUGAUGGAGAACAGAAAGCAGUACAAGAGGUCUCUACAGAAACAAAAAAGCUAAUAAUAAAAUUUAAGGAAAAAAAUAAAAAUAGUGUUAAAAAAACUGACCCAGAAACACAGAAAGAGAAAAGUAUUCCAAAACAGAUUUCAUUAGUUUCAAAAGAAGAAAAAUCCAAGACUCUUAAAAAACCAAAUCCAUAUGGAGAAUGGCAAGAAAUUAAACAAGAGGUUGAGUCUCAUGAGGAAGUAGAUUUGGAACUUCCUAGCAUUGAAGAUGAGUAUGCAUCAACUUCAGAAGCUGAUGGUGGUGGAGAACCCAAAGUGGUAUUUAAAGAAAAAACAGUCACUUCUCUUGGAGUUGUGGCAGAUGGAGUGGCCCCAGUCUUCAAAAAGAGGAGAAUUGAAAAUGGAAAAUCUAGAAAUUUAAGGCAACGAGGUGAUGAUCAAUAAUUGUAAGAGAAUUUUUUGUAUAUGCCUUUUGGACAAAAUGGAGACUUCUACAUCUUAAAGCUUGUCUUUGUUUGUUUUUAUGCAUUUUAAUGCUAAAAAUUUAGAUUUAUUCUACAUAUAUUUUAUGUGAAUUAAAAUAAAUGUUUUUUCAUGUGAAAUUUAUUUUGGUUCCUAAAAUGGAAGCCUGCCACGUUGCAUUGUAAUACAGUGUAUUAUGUUCACGCUCUAAAAAUUACUAAUUAUAUCAUAAUUUAAGAUGCUAUGUAUCUGUUACUUAAAAUAUGGAAGAACGAGGUUCUUUAUUCCAUUCUUAAAUGAACAUACUUAUCCUGGAUUGAAAAUGCUUUACUUUUGCACACUGAUAUUAACUGUUUUCCAAGAAAUAAGAAUCAGAGCACAUAAGAGAAUUAUUAACAGCCUAGUAAUGAGUCAGUUCUCAGGAUCCUGUCAGAAGGCUGAUGUAAAACGUGUAUGCAUAUUGGAUUACCUUACUCAAUUUAAGGUCAAAGGCCAAGAACCAGGAGCAGCUCAGGUCCUUCAAAUGUAGUGCUUCACGUAGGGUGAAAACUGGACCAAAGGUAGAAAUGUGUAUUUGCCCAGUUUACUUCAAAGCAACAAAUGUUGCUUCAGCAUUUUACUUUGAACCAGGCAUUAUGCUUGGAACCCAGGGAUAUAAAGAUGAAUGAAAUAUCUCUUUAUUCUUCAGGAGUUCACAUUCUAACAAUUAUUUUUACCUCAGUCAUGCACUCUUUUUAGCAGCCUUAUAUGUAGAAGAAAAAUAUUUUUUAAGGUUUAUUUAAAGCUGUGUAGAUGAAGGCUUGAACUAAGAUAGUCUCUCUGGUUUCAGUAAAGGUUUAAUGUUUACUUAGACAAAUAGAAGUUUCCCAUUUUCUGAUUAAAUGUCUUAAAAGUAGAAUUUUCUUAUUUAAUCCAUUUGAAAUAGGAACCUCCCUUUAUUACUUUUACAAAUUUUUAAAAAUAUAUUUUUCAUAAAUUGUACAGUAUUUAACUUUUGGUAGUAAAUAAUUGUCUAAGAUUAUUAGUGGGCAUGUAAGAAAAUGAUAGCUUAUUAAAAACUUCAUGGAAUAAUAAAA